UUUCUCUGGCCUUGGGAGUCCCCAAAGAAGGAAACCUCAUCAGACGAUUCUUCAGGUAUGUUCAAGAGGAUAGUAGUGGUGUUGCUGGCAGGUCUUUCGGCAUGGCUUUAUCAGGCCACAGUGCCUCCCCCUCCAAAAAUCUGCGGAACCCCAGGAGGACCUCCUGUUACUUCACCUAGAAUCAGAGUCAGCGAUGGAAGACAUCUAGCCUACAGAGAGACAGGAGUUCCUAAGCAGGAUGCCAAGUACAAGAUCAUCAUUGUUCAUGGCUUUGGUGUCUGCAAAGAUUUCGAACCACCAUUCCCUCAGGAUAAAGCAAAACAGCAAGGUGUCUUUGAAUCUCUUCAUCGAGACUUAAUGGUGGGAUUUGGCACCUGGGAAUUCGACCCCAUGGAGCUAAAUAAUCCAUUCCCUCAUAAUGAGAGCUCUGUCCAUAUUUGGCAAGGCUAUGAAGAUAGGAUCAUCCCAGUUCUCCUACAACGCUAUGUCACAGAAAGGCUGCCUUGGGUUCAGUAUCAUGAGUUUCCUGAUGGUGGGCAUAUGAUCUAUUUGGAUACUAGGAUAUGUGAAGACAUUUUAAGGACUCUUCUUCUGAGAGAGAGUAGUCUUUUUGUUUAAAAGCCUUGUACUGCUGUAAUUUCAUUCAGAUUCACCAGUUCAAGCAUAAAAGGGAAAAAACUUGAGGAUAAACCAUCUAACAUUAGGCAUCAUCCAAGCUUCUGUUUAUCUCUCCCUUCUGGUUGAGGGGCUUAGAAUAGAAGAUCUUUGGGGAUAAAAUCUCCCUUCUGUCAAGGCAUCUUUACUGAAAUAACUAGUUUCCAGAUGGAAACUCCAUUUUGUAUUGCAAUUUUGCAGGUUUCUUAAUUCAAUAUGUUUUCGAGGGAGGGUGGGAGUU